AACAUUGUUUUACCACCAUCUAGUGGUUAAUUUAAACACCUUGUAAUUCAAGCUGACAUUACAUAACAAUAUAAGGUGUAUAUAUAUAUAUAUUUUUUAUCUUUGCACAGGCGCGUUAUUAGCAAGAAUCGUUUAAGCAAAUGAAGAGACACCUGCGACUGAACCAACGUGGAUAAAGUGACGUUUUUGAUUUCCUACGCAGUCACAGCCAUUGAAGUCUGAAGCUGUGUAUUGGAUUAGGAGCAUAGACAUGGACAGCGGCAGAAAGAAGAUAGCAUUUAAGUGGCGACAAACUGCAGUUACCUCACCCGUAUAUCUUAAGGACAAAGAUGCUGGCUUAAGCGCACCUUCUUGCUGGGAUACGGCGCCAAAUGAAGAUUCAGGUGCUCUUCACCUCAGUGGCUCUCCAGGACCUGACGGUCUUGGAGAGCUGAGUCUGGACACUCCAAAGAGAAAAGCAAAAGUACUUCAUGAAAAUGUGCCUAACUUAGACACAGUUAAGCUGAGGAAGCUUUCCAGGAGAAAUUCUGAAAACUUAGCUUCAGAGCUUAGCUGUCAGGAAAAACCUAUGGACAAUUCAUACAAGCAAAUGGAAUUCCCAGAGAGCCAAGAAGUAUCACCACCUCCUUCUCACUCUUUUGUCUUGAAAAAGAAAGACAGGACACCUGAGGAGGGAUCAAAGGCCAUCUACAGGAUGGCAUUGCUUGCAGCCAUUGGCAGCACAACAGCAAGACACAGCAGCACCAAAAUCCUCCAGAGUUUGUCUUGCGUAUCUUCACCAGUGAGGACUGAAGUGCCCAGCUCAGCGUCACUUGACAGAACUGCUGUGAAUAUUAACUGUUCCUCAACCAAGACAGAGAAUAAAUCUGAGGACAACAGCAAUGACCAGGAAGAUCAGUCAUCCUCCCUUUGGGUGUUUGAGGACACAGAAGCUCAGAGUUACCACUCAGAACCAAAAACAGAUGGAAAAAGUGUUGUGCUGAAAGAAGAUUCACCCAAGAGGUUUGUAGACUUAGCCUCUCAAGACAAGUCAUUUGAUGCAGGAAGUAAACCAGACGCUGAGGACUGUGACUUUUCCCUCCCAGAUUUAGAGUACAUACCAGACUCUUUGUCUUGUUUCGUGACUCAUCAGAAAGGGGGCCAGCAAAGUUCAGGCAAUACUCAAGGAGCUACAACUUCCUCUCUCACAUUUUUAUCCACUAAUGAAAACACUGGGGUCAUCCACAAAGCUCUUGGGGACACUGAGAUGCCUUUGUCACUAUCACAGAGGGGAGACGUUUUUGUUACAUUCAAGCAGUCCCAUUCACCAAAUACAGGCCCUGCAAAAGCAUCUACAAUUGAGACUGGGAAUUUUUGCUCCUCCGACAUUAUGGUCCAUGUAUCGGAUCCCUUUGCUCUGCCUCCACUCUCAGAUGGAGGAGUAUUCAACCGUUGCUCGAACACAACCACACGCAGACGGUCAGAUACUGAUGCAUCCAUGCGUUCCACCCGCUGCUCCUUCUCUCAUGUUAGCACCUCUAAAAGAAGAUUAUCCGUGGGAGCAGAACCUAUAAGGAGCAGCUACCCCUAUCUGGACAGUCAGGCUGGUUUCAUAGACGCACACUGCCAUUUAGACAUGCUUUAUGGAAAACUUGGCUUUUGUGGGACUUUCAGCAACUUCCAAAGGCUAUACCAAAGCAGCUUUCCCUCAGAGUUUAGGGGCUGUAUUACCAACUUUUGCAACCCAGGGGUCAUGGUGAAGGAGGCCCUGUGGGAAGGUUUGCUGGGUGAAGACAUGGUAUGGGGGGCUUUCGGGUGCCACCCCCACUUUGCCAAAGACUACUCAAGUGUCCAGGAACACAACAUACUGAUGGCAAUGCGGCAUCCUAAAGCUGUGGCAUUUGGUGAGAUGGGCUUGGACUACUCCCACAAAAACUCCACUGAGGUCUCCAGGCAAAAAGGGGUGUUUGAGCAACAGCUGCGUUUGGCUGUGGCCAUGCAGAAGCCUCUGGUGAUUCAUUGUAGGGAUGCUGAUGAUGACCUGCUGGCAAUCAUGAGGAAGUGUGUCCCAAGAGAACACAAAAUUCACAGGCACUGUUUCACGAACAGUUAUUCAGUGAUUGAGCCCUUCCUGGCAGAGUUCCCCAAUUUGUACGUGGGUUUCACAGCCCUGAUCACCUACUUCAGGGCCACUGAGGCCCGAGAUGCUGUCCGCAAGAUCCCUCUCAACCGCAUUGUGUUGGAGACAGAUGCACCAUAUUUCCUGCCCAGACAGGUGAGUAAAGAUGUCUGCCGGUUUUCACAUCCUGGGAUGGGUAUCCAUACACUGCAGGAGCUGAGCCUGCUGAAGGGGGAAGACAUGGACACGGUUCUCGCCACCAUCCGAAACAACACCACUCAACUCUAUGGCGUAUGAGCUUCAGAGAUGAUGGAUAAAAACUAGCAAGAAAGGCAACACAUUUUGCAGCUGGUUAAUAACCCCAACAUUUUAUGUGGCAUUUUGUUUUAGAUUUAUUAUCCAACCUAUAGCUAUGUUGCAAUAUGGAGGAGCAGUCUCAUUUUAAACUGCUUGAAAGAAAAAUCUGACUGAACUGACAAUGUCCUUUGAUAGAGAUGCUGCAUAUCAUUGUUUAUCUGAUCGUAUUUUGUGUCAUUGUUCUUCAUGGAAAUUAAUUCGUUUUGGGUUUCAGUCAUUGAUUUUGCUGUGUUUCAAUAAUUUGAUAUCUCUUCUCUUGUUCAAAUUUGUCUGGAUGUUUCUGUUGUCCAGCUGCUUUAUGGUCGAAUUUUUUUUGUGAUACAGUGGAGAAACCUUAAAAGCCUUUAACCCUG